AUGAGCAAAGCCUUAGACUAUGAGGCGGUCCGCAAGGACAUCGUCGCCUCCCUGAAGAAACCCGACUAUGAUGAUGGCAGUCUGGGGCCGGUGUUCGUACGUCUGGCAUGGCACUCCUCUGGCACCUAUGACCUCGAAUCUGACACCGGUGGCUCGAACGGCGCCGGUAUGCGAUAUGAAGCGGAGGGUGGCGAUCCGGCCAACGCUGGUCUGCAGCACGGACGGGCGUUUUUGGAACCUAUUAAGGAAAAGCACCCGUGGAUCACAUACUCAGACCUAUGGACUUUGGCAGGUGUAGUUGCGAUCAAGGCGAUGGGCGGACCGGAUAUUCCCUGGCAGGGCGGGCGCACAGAUUUCGUGGAUGACUCCAAGGUGCCGCCACGGGGUCGGUUGCCGGACGGUGCCCUGGGCGCCGACCACCUGCGAUUCAUCUUCAACCGCAUGGGCUUCAAUGAUCAGGAGAUCGUGGCGCUGACCGGUGGACACAAUCUUGGCCGGUGCCACGGCGACCGUAGCGGAUUCGAAGGACCAUGGGUGACGAACCCGACUCGGUUCUCGAAUUCGUUCUUCAAGCUGCUGCUCGAGCUUGACUGGAAGCCGCGCAAGCUGGCGACGGGCAUGGCACAGUUUGUGUAUGAGGACCCUGAUGCGGAGGAGGAUGAGGAGCCGUUGAUGAUGUUGCCGACCGAUAUGGCACUCAGGACGGAUCCUGCAUUUGCACCCUGGGUAGAGAAGUACGCCAAGGACAAAGAUCUGUUCUUUGACCAUUUCUCCAAGGUCUUUGCCAAGUUGAUUGAGCUGGGUAUCCAGCGUGAUGCUCAAGGCACCAUCACCAACAGCGACAACAAGAUGGGUGGCUAUAUGUCUGCUCCCAAAAAGAGUAACGUGGCCACCGGCCCGUCCAAGCCUCGUGCUCGUCUGUAG